AUGGCCAAUUUGACUGCGGAGGGUGUUAAAGCUGUUCUUCAGUUGCAGCAGAAACCUGGUCGCCUGUAUCUAAGAGAUUUGCUGGGGUGGAAUGAGUUUGAUGAAAUUCAGGAAGUACGUCAGAGUAUCAAACUUGAUGCCCAUUACUAUAGCCUGGUGUUUGCUGCUAACAAAGGUUUAUGUUGGCAAGCUGUAGCUGAAGUGGGAAAAUUGACAGGGGAGCUAUUGGAGGAAACCCAAGGUUUUCCCCUGUUGCAAGCCAUUAAAAUCCUUCAAGAGAAACUGACUGGCUUUCCGGUUCACCUCUCCUCUUUCCAGAAGUCUGCUGUGUAUGAUUACUUUUUAAACACAUUUCUUAAGCAUUAUUGGCUGUACCAGUUUGUGAUGACUCGGGAGAGAGACCGCAAUCAGACAUUUGCCAUUCUUGAGGUCUGUGCUCCCCCCAAUCCCCCUCCUUUGAAUGAAGGCAUAGAUAUUGAAAUGUGGAACUACCAACAACAAUUAGCUGUUCUCUGUGCAGCUGAAGAAGAAAAACAGGCCAGUAUAAUGCAUAUCCGAGAAAAUUUGCAUGCAGAGCGGGAAAGUCUGCUCCGGGACGUGUACCAAAGGGUCAGAAGACAAACACAGACCCUUAACACAGAGACACUGAUAUCUUUAGUCAAUGAAGCAAUUAAAACUCAGAUCCAGAACCUGCAUCAUAUUAUUCAACAUGAGAUCCAGACUACCUUUGAAAUCUUGGAAUUAAAGCUUGAGAAAAAGGCCUUGAUGCUCAGUUCACCUGUUCCAUACCCACCUCCAUUCUGCCCUGACUUGCGAGGAAAAAAAUCAAGCAAAUUUCAAAAGAAGACACAGGACAACCCUUUAGAAAAUGAAGACAAAAUGGAGAAGGACCAAAAGAAGAAAAAGAAAUGAAGAUUGCUUUGGGGUUCUCUUAUUGUGCACCCUUCAAUGAGGAAGCAAUCCAUGCAUCUCCUUAUAAUUGUACUUUUUUAUUCCAGGCAUUCUAAGUACUUUGCCUCUGAUUCUCCAGAGUGAUACUACUUCAGACUGGAGGUACGGUUCAGAUGUUUGCAUUUUAAAAGAAAGGAUUCUUUCAUUCUGACAUAUUCAAUUUGCUAUGCAAGGUACUGUGAAUAGAUUGAGACACAUCAUAUAUCCAUUAUGUGAAACUUCUACAUCGCUUAGUUUAAAUAACAUAAUUUUAAAAUAGAUUGCCAUCUUAGGAGAACAAAACUUGAGUAUUUUUACGUACAGAGGAUAGAAUUAAACAAAUAAACUCUAAUAUUCAUAUUAGAAUCUGAGAAUCGGCAAGCAUUCCUUAGCAAAGGAAUCCAGUAAUCUGCUCUGUGCUUCUGUGGUUUUUCUUUCAGCUUUUGCAUGAAUAGUGCUGCACGUUGGCUGGGGAAAUUUAUUGAAGUUAUGCCAUAUGCCAAAGUUCUUAAAGCCACAUUCUUAUAGCCAGCAGCAUAUACAUGCAUGUUUAAUUGCCUACAUUAGGUCAAUGGGUUUUGUACACAUUGUAAUCCUGAAUAUUCAAGCAUCAUUUUAAAGUUCAGAUAAAUAUACAAUUGGUGGGAGAGGGAUAAUUUUUA